UCAAAAUAGCAUCUAAACUAAAUGUUUUGCUACCUAUCUUUCAAUAUAGUCUAAAAAUCAUAAUAAAGCAAAAUGUGAGGUACUGGUGAAUUGAACCUGGGUGCUCCAGACUAAAAAUUAGAUAAGCUACAAGUAGACUACAUGAUAAUUGUAUGAACUAAUGUUCUGGCCGAGUCCUACUUAUUCAAAUUUUAUCUAAAUAUCAUUAAGGUCCUAGGGGUCAGGACUAAUCAGGAGGGGUGGGGGGCACCCUACCUUGCAAGUAGCUCCGCCCAUGCUGCUUAUGCCUAUUUAGCAUGUUCAAGUUUGUUAUCCGGUAUUUUUCAGUUUUAUUAUGGUAUACUCCGAAACGGUAUCGUGAAACUAUCGGUAAGAUCUUUUAAAAAAAAUAUUGCAAAAACAGUAUUUUAUCGGUACAUAACGGUUGAAUCACGGUCAUACCACAAAAUACCCUAACAUAGACGAAUCUGAUAUGACUUCCGGUACGGUUUCCUGAAACAUGGUUCAUGGACACUUGUUGGAGAAAGAAAAUCUAGCAUGAAUGAUGUAACAAGGUUAAAUUUUGGGCAAAGCAACAUGCAGAAUAUGAACAGUGGGAUCGGACUAGAUAGGAAUAAAGACGCACGGUGGCCUGUAUGCUUACUUUUUAUAAUAUGGAUGGUGUAAUAACUAAUAAAAAUGAUGGAUAUCCUUCAUCUAUCCUCCCUUUUAUGUGUCACAAGAACUAGUAUAAGGGCCUACUCAACAUACCACCAACACAUGCCAAGUAUUUAACUUAAGGUAAACCUUGCGAACAUCUAAAUCGACCCAGUACUCCCCCGACCACUUCGACCCAAAACCAAAUUCGAGCCUGCUUUUCAUACCUAGCUAUCCCAUUUUAUGCUCUUCAUAGUCAGAUACUCUCCUUCCCCUAGCUCGCCUACAUGCCUUUAACAUUGCCAUUAUGAGCAUUUUUUAAGCUAGACGGUGAAAAUAAGAAUAGUCAAGAACUUUAUGGCAUGUAAUGUUAUAAUCGAGAAUAUCACAAACAACUGGUAAAAGUGGAGAGUCAAUAGCCUAAGUUACGCAUAAAAAAUACAAAAAGAUAUUAGAUCUAUAAUAAUGGGUUACGUCCCUAAAAAUGAACAACAUUACCGUAGGACCAAGAAACAAACAAGUGAAAGAAAUCAAUUAGUUCACCACAUCCUAUAAAUACACACCACAAUUAGUCUCGCUUCACAUCCAAAACACACCAAGCAAACAAAUUCUUCUUAACAAAAUCACACGUGGAAUCACUUACGUACAAAAGAUGAAGCCCGUUACAUUUCUCGUGACUCUAAUUACCUUCGUAGUCGUACUAUCCUCCGUCAGUGCUAAUCCCUACGGUGGGUGGCAGCCGAUAAAGAGCAUACACACUUAUCGCGUCAAGGAGAUUGACAAGUUUGCAGUAGGAAUGCACAACUUGGAAAACGAUUUCAAACAUCGGUUGAGACUCGUAAACAUUCGGAGGGGCCUAUUUCAGGUGGCAGACGACGUGAACUAUAAGCUCGACGUGAUGGCGGAUGGAGGCAACAGACUCGACUCCAAGGGGAGUAUGUACCAAACGGAAGUUCACGAGAGGCUUGGCGUAUUGGAGCUCAAGUUUUUCACACCUAUAUAUGAGGGAUUAAAUUAAUAUCCUUCAUGAACAAUAAUUUAGCCGUCUUUGUUUUAAUUAGUAUGUUUUUGAUAUGUUAGUUUGAUUAAUAAUUAGGGAUAACAUAAGAUUUUGUUGGUUAUCUAGUGAUGUUAUUAGCUGAUGAUUAUGUCAUUUUAUCAUCAGUACGAUUGUGUAUCAAUUACUAGUGUCUCCGUAUAUCUCUACAAAUCUUUCCGCUAAAUAUUCUUAUAUUGCACAAAUAUCACGAACGAAUAGCCCAUUUGACCACCAUAUGACUUUAAUAGCCCCUUCUGACCAUCACAUGACUUUAAUAUAACAACCAGGAGCUUGAAGCCGCGCUAAGCUACGACAUUGAUGGGCUUUUGUUUUGUUGUUGCAAGUCCAUGUUCAUUCGUAUCCACUGACAGAUUUGUUCUUUAAUGCUUCUGGUCAACAAAUAUUGUAUAUGGUGUUUAUUUGAAAGUAAAAUGUAACAUCAGCCUCCAAUUCAUAAAGACAAAAUAGCAAAACCCACUGCUCUAUUAAAACUGAACCACCGCACACCGUCCCUGUUUCCUUUUUGACCCUGUCUGACACUCUAGAGUUGAGACGGGGCGAGUCAGUGGUUCGGCCUAAUCAACAUACUAAUUUGUAAAAAUUUACAUUUUGUACCAAUUUUUUUUUUACAAUUAGUACCUAAUUUUUUUUACAAAUAGGUUCAUAAAUUUGAUGGUAAAAUUACACGAUGGCAAUAAUCCUUUUUUACAAUUUAGUUUUAAUUACUAGUGUCAGUAUUGUUGGUUACGAGUUUAUUAUUCAGCAACUUCAGAACGAAUGAUAAUCUGGAAAAGUUUCCACGGUCAGGGUAUAAUGGCAAAUUGGCAUCACGGAUUAGUCGAGCCAAUUUGUCAUUAUGGUAUGUUAGAUUAGAAUAAUUAGGUGUUGUAGACCCCUCAGUGACAGAAGCAUUUCCAGAAGUAGCACGCAGCAGACUCCCUAACAUAUCAACCAUGUCACCCUCUAAACCCUCAGCCUCAGGCGCAAUGGUAGGUUGACUAGGCUGAUUACUAGUACUCGCAAAAGUCAAAAGACUCGCCAUGAUGGAUACAUGUAGUAUAUGUCUCCACCAUGUCAUUCCUGGUUAUAUCAUCUACGACAAUUUCCAAUUUAUUGAAGUUUUGAUUAUUGCAUCUUUUACAAGGGCAUCUACUAUCUAGUUCUACCUAGCAUAACAACAUGUUUGCUGGUAGCCCCUAUGAACUCAGAAACCCCAUUUUCGAUAUUUAUCAUGAAACCUAUCCUUAAACUCAAUCCAAUUUCUACUCAUUCAAUAUGUGCGUAAAGAAACUGACCUUCCCUUUAUAGGCAGUUGGUCAAGAUGAAAGCACAACGUGAGAUGAACUAGAAAAAGAUUUGCAGAGGGUAAAUGACACAACAUUAGGAACCUUCACUUAAACCAAUUCAUUAAAAUGCAAAAUUGAAGUUCCACUAAUAUUACCUUUGCCUAGUGCUUGGGGGGCUUUUCUCUAUGCACCUUAGCACAACACGAUGGUUGAGGGAUUAAAGCUAGUUCGGAUAC